GGCGCGAGCCAGCAGCUUCCGGCCGAAGAACAUGAUGCAAGGGGAGGCAAAUCCUAGUGCUUCCCUUAUUGACAGAACCAUCAAGAUGAGAAAAGAAACAGAAGCUAAGAAAGUGGUUUUAGCCUGGGGACUCCUAAAUGUAUCUGUGGCUGGAAUGAUAUAUACUGAAAUGACUGGAAAGUUGAUUAGUUCAUAUUAUAAUGUGACAUACUGGCCCCUUUGGUAUAUUGAGCUUGCCCUUGCGUCCCUCUUCAGCCUAAACGCCUUAUUUGAUUUUUGGAGGUAUUUCAAAUAUACUGUGGCACCAACAAGUCUGGUUGUUAGCCCUGGACAGCAAACACUUUUAGGGUUGAAAACAGCUGUUGUACAGACUACUCCUCCACACGAUCUGGCAGCAACCCAAAUCCCUCCCUCGCCACCUUCUCCUUCAAUUCAGGGUCAGAGUGUGUUGAGCUAUAGCCCAUCUCGUUCACCCAGUACCAGCCCCAAGUUCACCACCAGCUGUAUAACCGGAUACAGCCCUCAGCUGCAAGGUCUGUCAUCAGGUGGCAGCAGUUCCUAUAGCCCUGGAGUGACUUACUCUCCCAUCAGUGGUUAUAAUAAGUUGGCAAGCUAUAGUCCUUCUCCUUCUUCUCCAUACCCUACAACUGUUGGACCAGUGGAGGGCAGUGGGUUGAGAUCUCGCUACCGUUCUUCACCCACCGUCUAUAACUCGCCUACUGACAAAGAAGACUACAUGACAGACCUACGAACUUUGGAUACUUUUCUUAGAAGUGAAGAAGAGAAACAGCAUAGAGUUAAGCUGGGGAGUCCAGAUUCUACCUCGCCUUCCACCAGUCCUACCUUCUGGAACUACAAUCGUUCUAUGGGAGAUUAUGCACAGACUUUGAAGAAGUUUCAGUAUCAGCUUGCCUGUAGGUCUCAGGCCCCAUGUGCUAACAAAGAUGAGGCUGAUCUCAGUUCUAAACAAGCUGCAGAGGAGGUUUGGGCAAGAGUGACUAUGAAUAGACAACUUCUUGAUCAUAUGGAUUCGUGGACAGCUAAGUUCAGAAAUUGGAUCAAUGAGACAAUAUUAGUGCCACUGGUACAAGAGAUUGAGUCUGUCAGCACACAGAUGAGACGAAUGGGCUGUCCCGAGCUUCAGAUAGGAGAGGCUAGCAUUACUAGCUUGAAGCAAGCUGCUCUGGUCAAAGCUCCUCUCAUCCCGACUUUGAACACAAUUGUGCAGUAUCUAGACCUUACACCCAAUCAGGAAUACUUGUUCGAAAGGAUUAAAGAACUUUCUCAGGGAGGAUGUAUGAGUUCAUUUAGAUGGAAUAGAGGUGGAGACUUCAAAGGACGGAAGUGGGAUACAGACCUGCCCACUGACUCAGCUAUCAUCAUGCAUGUAUUUUGCACCUACCUUGAUUCCAGAUUACCUCCACAUCCUAAGUACCCUGACGGGAAGACAUUUACUUCUCAGCACUUUGUUCAGACACCAAAUAAACCAGAUGUGACAAAUGAGAAUGUUUUUUGCAUCUAUCAGAGUGCUAUCAACCCUCCUCAUUAUGAGCUAAUCUACCAGCGUCAUGUGUACAAUCUUCCAAAGGGCCGAAAUAAUAUGUUUCAUACAUUGUUAAUGUUUCUCUACAUCAUAAAAACCAAAGAGUCAGGAAUGCUUGGGAGAGUUAAUCUUGGUCUAUCCGGUGUGAAUAUUUUGUGGAUUUUUGGCGAGUAAUGUGUGUCGUUUAAUUCCAAACAUUAGGACUUUUAUUUGAUUGAACCAGGAGUUGAAUCUAAGCAUCUCUGAGUCACU